AUGGCUGAACCAGCGUCCCAGCAACAGCCGUUGGAAGACGGCAAGACUCUCACGCCAGACGCCAUCGCUAACAUCCUCUCAUCCGCUUCGGCAUGGGCCGAUCCAGGCUCCGUAGACCAGGGCCGCGCGCACAGGACCGCACUGCUGGGCGAUGUACUCCUUACGGCGCAGCAGCUAUGGAACAGUGGCAGUCAAGAGAUUGACGUUGUUGCGGAGAAGCUGGGCGAUGGAAGCAGAGACGCAUCAUGGAGACUGCCCCUGGGAGACUCGGGCAUCGUUGACUUCUUCCUCUCCGUCGUUUCCACAGAGAACCUCAGACCAGCGUUGAAGAAGCACUCUCUCCGUCUACUCGGCAACUCAUGCGCCGACACAGAUGAGAACCGCGCAAGGGUCGUGGCAUCAAACGCAAUCACCGCCGUCAUCAGCUUCCUCACCGACGACGCCGCCCUCCCCUUCGCCGUGCCAGUCCUCUACAACAUCCUCGUCGACUACGAGCCCGCCCAGAUCCAAGCAAGCUCCUCCUCGCUCACCCUCCACCUCGUCAAUCUCCUCACCAGCCCACGCCUCGCCAGCGCGCCGCAUCUCAUGGGCAUCAUUGGCAAGAUCCUCGCCUUGCUCGCCACGCACGAAACCGAAGCCAGCUUUGCACCCCCGCAAACACCAACCGUCCUCCUCACCCUCGCCCUCACACCCACAACAGACGCAGAAGACUUCGUCUCCCUCACAGCCGUCGCCCUAGCCUACCUAACCCACGCGCCCAUCCAAGCCGCCCUCGUCGCAACCGGCUCCGUCCCCAUCCUCCUCGCCACAUUCUACCACCUCCAAACCCAGCUCGACGCCCUCCGCGUCGAAGACGAAGACGCCGCCGUCCUCCUCAAAUCCCUCCCGCAAUCCUUUGUCCAGAUCCUCGCCGACGUCUCCUACGCAGACGACUUCUCCCUCCACCACCCCAUCGGCUCCCCCGUCCUCGACACCCUCCACAGCUGGCUCGCCACGACAAACACCCACCUCCAGUCUGCAGCCUGCCUCUGCCUAGGCAACGUCGCCCGCUCAGACGAAGCCUCCUACGCCCUCGUCAAAUCCCACGCCGUCCACGUCCCCCUCACCGCCCUCCUCGCCACAGCAACAGACACAAUGCUCCUCCACGCCGCCCUCUCCUUUUGCAAAAACCUCGCCAUCCCCUCCCAAAACAAACCCGUCCUUGGCGACGCGGGCCUCUUCUCCCCCGACAUCCUCCCCCGCAUCUGGUUCCUCGACGUCAACCCCCAGAUCCAAUUCACAGCCGUCUCCCUGACCCGCCUCCUCCUCGUAAACACACCCACCAACGUCCGCCGCCUCUGCGCGCCCCUCUCCCCGGACCCUCUCUCCCCCUCGCACGAGACAACGCACCUCCACCGCCUUCUCGACAUGGUCUCCCGCACCGACGCAGAACACACAAAGACAGAAGCCGCCCGCGCCGCUGCGGCAGUCUGCCGCGUCCUGCACACCGCGCCCAUCCCGCCCAUCCUUCCAGACUGGGACCCGUCCGAAGACGGCUACGUCUUCCGCCCCGAGAAGCCUCUGUCCCCGACGGCCGUGGCCGAAGCAGAAGGCGACGGCGGCGCGCAGCGUAGGGAGAAGUUUUACAGGCGGCACCCGGGGCUGAAUAAAGCCCUCGCGUUCCUUGUCACGCAGACAAAGUUCCCCGUGCUCCGCAGCGAGGCGUGGUUCGUCUUUGCGCUCAUGUGUCGCGCCAAGGACGGCGCUGACGUGGUGUUGCGCACGCUGCAGGUCCCCGGUGCGUUUGAGGCGUUGACGGAGGCCGUUACCGGACGGACGUUUUCUGGGGAGGAUAACAACACAGAUCAGAAGACCAUUGAGGGGGCACCGGCUGCGGGUGGUGGUGGGCAGGCGGUGGUUAUCAGCGGUGGAGAUAAUGCUGCCAUGGUGGAGGGUCUUGGACUGGAGCCGCAGCAGGCUGACCCGUCGCAGGCGGCGGGCAUGAAGAAGGUUGAUCGGGAGAAUGGGCUGGUUAUGGUGUCGGAGCUGGUUAGGAGGCAUGCGGAUGAGUUGCCGGCUGUUAGGAGGGCUGCGUUUGAGGAGAUGUUGAAAGAGGGUGGCGAGCUGAUGGCUGAUGAGAAGGGGAAGGGCAAAGCGUAG